AAAAAAGGGUUGAUGUCCGAGUGAGUGGUGUUGCGCGUAGGGCGCGGCGUAGAUAUCUACAACACGGUGCUGUAAGGCACACUAUGUUUGUGAUAAUGGGAAGCGGUAAUUGAAAUCGGAAGGAAGAGGGAAGAGGGAAGAGGGAAGAAGAAGAGAGUUGAGCAUGGCUGAUCUAUUUGCGUGGCUCAUCUCCUUCUUCAUCCUUAUUGCCUUACUCGUCCUCGUCACUUACCAGCUGAUGUGCCUGGCAGAUCUAGAAUUUGAUUAUAUAAAUUCUUAUGACUCCACGUCUCGAAUAAAUAUGGUGGCGAUGCCUGAGUUUAUUACACAAGCUGUCCUGUGCUGCUUCUAUCUUAUCACCGGGCAUUGGAUGAUGGCACUGUUCUGUUCUCCUUAUCUCUACUUCAAUGUCAGAUUGUAUAGACAAAGAAAGCAUUUGGUUGAUGUUACUGAGAUAUUCAACCAGCUCUCUUGGGAAAAGAAGCAACGGCUUGUCAAACUCUUCUAUCUUGUUAUUACCCUUUUCCUCUCUGUAUUUUGGAUGAUAUACACAUCACUGGAUGACCAUUAUGGAUAAUUGGAGAUGCUUGCUUGUUUUUUUGGAGUGCUUACUGAAAGUAACCGGUGCAGCAAACUCCCAGACGUGUGUGGUUGAGAGCAGCUAAUUCCUUCCCAUAUGCGACAGUUUCAUGACUGACUUGUACUUAUAAGGGUGAGUUACAGGCUAGUGUUGAUUGUUGAACUGCGUGAUAUCUAUAUCAAUAUACUGCAAGCAGUUUCACAGCCUGUAGGUUUUGUGCUUGUUUAAUUCAUGCCUUACAUGCAUAUGAGUAAAGGAAUUAAAAGGAGGUAGAGGUGACACACGAGUGAUUUGGGUAAUUUGCAUGGUUUAAAGGCUAAUACGUGCCAGUGUCCAAAAAAAUAAUUUUUGAGUAAUGUAUUCAUAUUGGUUUUGUCUACAAAAUUAUUUUGU